CGGCGGCUCGGGGCAGCUCCGCCGGGGCGGCUUAGGCUUCGGCUUCGGAGGCGGCGGGGGCUCGGCCGCCGGUUCGGCGGUGCGGAGGAAGGGCCGGGCCGGGCCCGGGCCAGCGGACGAUGGCGGAGAAGCCGAAGCACGACGGGCGCGUGAAGAUCGGCCACUAUGUGCUGGGCGACACGCUGGGGGUCGGCACCUUCGGCAAAGUGAAGAUUGGAGAACACCAGUUGACAGGCCAUAAAGUGGCGGUAAAAAUCUUAAAUAGACAGAAGAUUCGUAGUUUGGAUGUGGUUGGAAAAAUCAAAAGAGAGAUUCAAAAUCUAAAACUCUUCCGCCAUCCUCACAUUAUCAAACUAUACCAAGUCAUCAGCACUCCAACUGAUUUUUUUAUGGUAAUGGAAUAUGUAUCUGGUGGUGAAUUAUUUGACUACAUCUGUAAACAUGGACGGGUUGAAGAGACAGAGGCUAGAAGACUCUUUCAGCAGAUUCUUUCUGCUGUGGAUUAUUGUCACAGACACAUGGUUGUUCACCGAGACCUGAAACCUGAGAAUGUGCUGCUAGAUGCCCACAUGAAUGCCAAGAUUGCCGACUUUGGUUUAUCAAAUAUGAUGUCAGAUGGUGAAUUUCUGAGAACAAGCUGUGGGUCUCCAAAUUAUGCAGCACCUGAAGUCAUCUCAGGCAGGUUGUACGCAGGGCCCGAGGUCGACAUCUGGAGCUGCGGUGUGAUUCUGUAUGCCCUCCUCUGUGGUACGCUGCCCUUUGAUGAUGAGCACGUCCCAACGUUAUUCAAGAAAAUUCGGGGUGGUGUGUUUUACAUCCCAGAAUAUCUAAACCGUUCUAUUGCCACUCUCCUCAUGCACAUGUUGCAAGUGGAUCCCCUGAAACGAGCAACUAUCAAAGACAUACGAGAACAUGAGUGGUUUAAACAAGACCUGCCCAGUUAUUUAUUUCCUGAAGACCCUUCAUAUGAUGCAAAUGUCAUCGAUGAUGAGGCUGUGAAGGAAGUGUGUGAAAAGUUUGAGUGCACAGAGUCGGAAGUGAUGAACAGCUUGUAUAGUGGGGACCCUCAGGACCAGCUCGCAGUGGCUUAUCAUCUCAUCAUCGAUAACCGGAGAAUCAUGAACCAAGCCAGUGAGUUCUACCUUGCCUCUAGCCCGCCCACUGGCUCUUUCAUGGAUGACAGCACCAUGCACAUUCCCAUUGGGCUCAAGCCACACCCUGAACGGAUGCCACCUCUAAUAUCAGACAGCCCCAAAGCCAAAUGCCCUCUGGACGCCCUGAAUACUACCAAGCCCAAAUCUCUAGCUGUGAAAAAAGCCAAGUGGCACCUGGGGAUUCGCAGUCAAAGCAAACCCUACGAUAUUAUGAAUGAAGUCUACCGGGCUAUGAAACAGCUGGAUUAUGAAUGGAAGGUGGUGAAUGCAUAUCAUCUUCGAGUGAGAAGAAAGAACCCCGUGACAGGCAAUUAUGUGAAGAUGAGCCUCCAGCUCUACCAGGUGGAUAAUCGAAGUUACCUUUUGGACUUCAAAAGUAUUGACGAUGAUGUCACGGAGCAGAAGUCUGGUUCCUCAACGCCUCAACGUUCAUGCUCUGCCGCUGGCUUACAUAGACCCAGGCUGAGUUUCGAUUCAACCGCAGCUGACUGUCAUUCUCUCACUGGAUCCCUGACUGGCUCCUUGACAGGGAGUGUGCCUUCUGUGACUCCACGCCUGGGCAGCCACACCAUGGAUUUUUUUGAAAUGUGCGCCAGUCUGAUUACUACAUUGGCCCGUUGAUGAGGAUUCGUCACCAGUCUCUGUCCUUGUGUUAUUGCACUGUGAGAAUCAAAUUUGUCUUUUUAAAUUAUUAUCUCCUAUUCUGGGUAUCCUGUACACCACAAUACAAACUGAAAGAUGUAGCCCUAGGGACACCCAUUUCCAUAUUGAUCAUUGAGUAGACUGAUAUUUUAUCUAUUUUGCUCAUGGUAAAUUGACAUAGGUAAUAUAUCUGCUAGGUAAAUAGGAAUGAAAGUUAUUGUGGUUUUAAAGUAGUAAAUUCACGUGUAAGCUGAUUGAUGACAUCCUUCUGAAGAUGUAGCCUUAUUUAUGGGAAUUCUGCAGCAUCAGUUCACUGUAGUCUUUGAUGUGGAUACAUCAGGGUGACUCUGCACAACAACCCUUGCCUAGGUGGUGAGAUGUUUGUAGCCCUCCCGAUUAUCUUCAGUUUACUGUAAUAAGUACUUAUUGAGCACCUACUGUAUGUAAAGAUGUCUGCAGAGUGCCGCAA